AUGAUCAUUGGUGGUAAACCUGUCCGCCAAAACGCGUACCCAUGGAUGGCCUACCUAUUAAUCAAGCGUCAAAGCAACGGGGGUGAAAUCGAGGAGUUUGUAUGCGGCGGUACGAUCGUAAACACCGAGUGGGUUUUGACAGCCGCCCACUGUUUCGACCCCUCCGAUGAUAUACUGGAGGUUAGGGUAACCCUCGGAGAGCACGAGACCAAUAAAAGGGAGGGUAAAGAGGUGUUUGCCGAGGCCGCUGAGGUGGGUUGUAAUCUAGUUAACAAUAACUAUACUAUGGUAAUACACAAGGGCUUCACCACCAAGACCUAUGACGACGACGUGACCAUGGUGAAGCUGAACAUUACGCUAGACUUUGAGCGCAGGCACCGGCACCUGAUGCCCAUAUGCCUGCCCCCGCCCUAUGGCCUCGACCCGGAUGGCGAACGAGAGUGCUUCGUGAGCGGGUGGGGUAACCACGUGGCCGGCAAGGAGGAGGAUGGUUCGUUUUCGCAAAUACUCCGCGAGGUACCGGUACAGAUACAUCCCAAGUCAAAGUGCUCUAGGUCGUGGAACGGUGAUUAUGAUACUGCCAAGCAUUUGUGCGCCGGUGAUAAUCAGCAUGAUUUUUGCUCGGGUGACUCCGGCGGGCCGUUGGUCUGCAAACAGGGUAAUAAGUAUUUCCAGUACGGUCUGGUCUCGUAUGGCGUGCAAGAGAUGUGCGGUUCAACGCAUCCCGGUGUCUAUACCAGGAUUGCUUACUAUCUGCCCUGGAUCAAUAAUAUUAUACAGUAA